UAUAUUCAUCUGUUACACUUUCGCUGUUCCCCCAAAGCCAGGCCAAUAUAUGGCUCUUUGAGGAUACAAUUUUAAUUACUGGGAAACUAUCUGAUGCCAAAUCUCAACCAAGUGUUCAGUUUCCAAAAUACUUAAUUAAACUUCCUAUCACCCACCAUAUCACAAAUGUAACAGCCUAUCUGACUGUACCACAGCAGUUUUUGAAGGUGGAACAUUUCCUUUACACAAUGGGAAUUCUUUUAAAUAAAUCAGGUUUCAAAAGUAUUGAAUUAACCCCUCUUGCUGCAAUAUGUGUGAACCUGCUUUCGGCUGGGAAAGAACUGGAAGUGGAGGGGCCCAUUCAUAUAACAUUACCUAUUUUGCCUACGAGUGCUGUAGAAGCUGGAGACGCCAUUCCAGCAUGGACCUUUGAUAUGAAAAAUGGUGCUUGGGUAAAUCGUGGGCUGGGGAUGGUGAAAGAUGCUGGUGACCAUCUAGUGUGGACAUACACAGCUCCAAGCCUGGGCUACUGGAUAGCUGCUCCUCUGCCUGGCUCCAGAGACUCCAUCAUUGCAGUGGUUACUCAGGAUAUAACUGCAUAUCACACAGUGUUCCUCACAGCCAUAUUGGGAGGCACCAUCAUCAUCAUCAUUGGGUUCUUUGCAGUUCUCCUUUGCUACUGCAGGGAUAAGUGUGGUCAGUCAAAAAAGAAGAGGAGAACUGCAACUAAACCAGACACCUUAAGAAAGGACCAGACAACAUCAACAACUCACAUCAACCACCUAGGCAUUGCCAAGGUGUCGCUGAAGCCAGAGGACAAAUCUCAGUUGUAUUCACCGGGAUUAGCGUCUUACAGCCCUCAGAGGGGGACUUCAGCAGAAGGAGAGGAGAGGAAAGCUCGUGACAGCCUUAAAAUCUAUACUGAAGGGUCUUCCUAUCCUUCCUCCAUCAAGAAUAAUCACUGUGGGAAGCCGCCCCAGUCUCUAGAACCUCACAUUGAGGGGAGGCCUUUACAGCCAGCCCAACACAUCAGUAGAAGUGUCCCCCCAUCUAGAGACUCACAGGAACAGAACAACUAUCUCCCAAUGAACGAAGAAAUGUACGAGCUCUCUCCCAUGCCAGAACAAUUGAUACACCUGUAUGGCCAGCCUAUUGCCAUCCUUCAGACAGCAGACCUUUUCCAUUCCCAGGAGCAACUGCAUGCUGCCAAGUCUGCUACUUUGCCAAGAAAAGGGCAGUUAGUUUAUAGCCCGAUGAUGGAGCCCAUGAGUCGAGAGAGUUACACCCAAACACUGCCCAAAAUGCCAGGUCACUCUCACCUGCAGGUGCCAACCUCCAGAGAGGAAUCAACGGCUUUAGACAGGCAGCAGGGCCUGUCUCCUCAAGGUGCCAACUGGGGACGUUACACCAAUAGCUUACUAGAAUCUGUUUCUGUCCCAGGGACACUAAACGAAGCGGUGGUAAUGACGCCGUUUUCCUCUGAACUUCAAGGCAUCUCGGAGCAAACCUUGCUGGAGCUUUCCAAAGGGAAACAGUCUCCCCACCCAAGAGCAUGGUUUGUGUCCCUGGAUGGCAAGCCGAUCGCUCAAGUGAGGCAUUCUUUCAUUGAUCUCAAGAAGGGCAGGAAGACGGAGAGCAAUGACACAAGUUUGGAUUCGGGUGUGGACAUGAACGAGCAUAACCCUGGUCGGAAGCUGGAGAGGGAGAAGACCUUCAUUAAAAGUGUGCAGCAUUCCAAGGUCCUUUACUUGGAGGACUUGGAUCUGAGCAGCAGUGAAAGUGGGACCACCGUUUGCUCCCCAGAGGAUCCGACUGUGAAGCAUGCGCCAGAGGGAGGGAACGAUCCAGUCGUUGGACAGCCCGCAGAAGAGGCGCCUCAGAGGAGAACCACAACGGAAGACCAGAAGACCAGUCCUCCUCCACCAAAGAAAUGGGGAAGACCCCCUUUGACAAAGAGGGAGAGCAAAAACAACAUCUGGAAGAAGAGAGAAGAGAGGCCACUCAUUCCAAUAAAUUAAAAAUACAGCGGUCUCUGAUGGGAGUGAUGUCCGGUCUACCUUUCCCCCACUUCUCGUUUGUAAACUUGCAGUGUUCACUUUAAUAGGGGACAACCAGAAUCAGGUGAAGUAACAGAACACAUGACACUACAAAAAGAUUGGAAUUACAGGCUGUGUUCCUUGCUCUCAAUAUGAGCUGUAUGAACAGAGUGUUAGGUUGUUAAAAAGAGGAAAUAUUCUGGGAUGCUUCUGGCUGGGUGAGGGGGACCAUGUGUAUCACUUAGGAAGAGCUAAAAUGUACCCUUAUUUGCUUGGUCCAGAAUUUGACCUUUGGGAAGGAAGGAGCAUGAGCAAUGCAAUGUUGCGUUGCAGUGGGAAAGGAGUACAUGGUGGAUAAUGUAGUUUUUAAAAGAUGUUUUUGUCUUUACAAUCCAUGUCUAAUAGUGGACAUCUUACCAUAUGUUGUUUGGUGAAGAUGACAUGCUCACUAGCAAGAUGGAGAAUACAAGUUCUCACCUUAAAGGAAUGCUCUUCUUUGAGAUCUUUUGUAAUAUUCCACCAUAUUGUUCUCUGUGAAAUCUUUAGGGGAAGCAGAAAAUCACAUGCUUGUUGUGCAGGUGGUAUGUCAGGCAUAUAGGUGUCUCUUCAUCGGCUGUUUCAGUAGGCAUUGAGCCAAAUUGUGCUCCUUUUUAGAACAACUAGAUUUAUAUUAAAUACAGCUAGGGCACCUCUUGGCCUUCAGUGUCCACGGUAGAUAUUAUUGUAAAUGUUCCCAAAGGUUUGGCUUUGGAGAAAAUAUUUCCUCUGGAAACAAUGCCCUGUUACUAUUUCAUAGCCUUAAAACGAAAGUAUUGUUCUUAAGCAGUUGAAUUAUGUGCCUCUUUUUUGUUAGCUUUGGCACCUGUCUGAAAAGUCAUCUGUUGUGUAUGAAAAGUUCCACUGGAAAUCUCUUGGGCAUAACUGUGAGUUGAAUAAAAAUAACUACACCCCAAAAGUCAGUUUUGGCAUGAACAAGCUAGUCAAUAGGUCAGUCUCUUAAUGUGAGAGUAACCCUGUCAGAAGGGUGUAAUGAGGGGAAAGGGGUCAGCAGUACAUAUAAUAAAAUGGAUCAGAAUGCAGAAGACCUCCAUUUUAGGCAACAGGCCACUCCAGCUUAGGCAAGGUAAGAUCCCUGCCUAACACACACCAUGAAGAGUCACUGCCUGUCAGGGUAGACCAGCCCUUCCCAACUUGGUUUUGGACCACAACUUUCAUCAUCCCCAGCCACCAUGGCCAAUGGUCAGGGUACCAAGCCUGAUGGGAUUGAUGGUGUGACUUCAUAUAAGUCAUGAUCAUGGCUCUCUGUGGUAAGAUUUCUUUGUAAUACAGAAUUGGUCUUGUGAGGAAUCUGUAUUCUGUUCUUUAGUCUUAAUCUGUCUCUGUGAGAGAAUAUGAGAUCUCCUAAUCUGAAACAGUUAUCUGGAUGUCAGUCCACCCGAUUGCAGGGGGAUGUGCUUCCAAGCGAGAGUGCCCAGGUUGAGAGCCUGAGGGGGCAAACAAACUCACCUGAAAUCAUGGAUCACAGUAUGCCCCUCCCACACACACACAUACAGUGAGUCUGGGUUCUCUCUUUGCAUUACAUGUAACUAUGUAUUUACCGGUGUGUCAGCAGUGUGGAUGCUGAUCUGUAUGACUCUUCACCUCCUGUGCUUUUGAUUGGCUUUUUAAAUGAAAACAGGUAUUGAUUGGAAGUUGGAACCUGUGGUUCUCCAGAUGUUGAUGAACUGCAGCACCCAUCAUGCCUCACUGUUAGCUGGGCUAAUUGGGCCUGAUGGGGAUUUAGUGUUCAGUUUGGAGAGCCAUAGGUUCCCAAGCCCUGACAUAGAACAUUUUUCUCCCUCCCCACCCCAAUCUUUUUUAAAAGUUGUAAAACUCCUGUGGAAAGCCAGAGGUGGAGUUGGCAUAUCCUUUCUGGGAUGAAAGAAUUAGCAUGUCUGUAUGACUGGGUUCUGCUGGGAAGAGGGUGAAGCCAGAACACAAUACAGUGGGGUCUUGACUUGAGAACUUAAUCCAUAUUGGAAGGCGGUUCUCAAGUCAAAAAGUUCUCAGGUC